AGUCACAUUCUAACACGUAUAUUGCUCCGAGAGAGAGCAGGAAUUUUCAUUUUUAUUAUCUGGCUUUUAAAGACGAGAUCUCUUUGUUUCUCGUCGUUUCACUGGAAAAUUCCAUUUCAUUUCCGAUUAUAAAAUAUCGGAACUCUUCCUUCUCUCUCUAGAUCUCUCACUCAGCUCUUGAAGAAGCUUCGGAGGUUUCCCUUCUCUGCUUCAGAUCUCGAAGCGAUUCGAAUCCCUCGCCCAGGGUUCGAAACGCUGCCCCCCUCCUACCCCUUUCUGGUUUCGACGUGUAAAUUCGCGAUUCCAUCGCAUCUCUAGAUCCUAAGCUCUCGAUCUGAGCAACCAUGGCGGCGGCUAACGCUCCGAUCGCCAUGAGGGAAGCCCUUACGCUUCCGAGCGUUGGGAUUAGUCCUCAAUUCAUCACGUUUACGCAUGUCACUAUGGAAUCUGAUAAGUACAUAUGCGUGAGGGAAACUUCCCCGCAGAAUAGUGUUGUUAUAAUCGAUAUGAGUAUGCCAAAUCAGCCUCUGAGGAGGCCUAUUACUGCAGACUCUGCACUGAUGAAUCCUAAUUCUAAAAUCCUUGCAUUGAAAGCUCUAGUCCCGGGGACCAGUCAAGAUCACUUGCAAAUAUUUAACAUUGAGUUGAAAGCUAAAUUGAAGUCGCAUGUAGUGCCUGAGCAGGUUGUAUUUUGGAAAUGGAUUACCCCAAAGUUGUUGGGUCUGGUUACACAGACCUCAGUAUAUCAUUGGUCAAUUGAAGGUGAGACUGAACCUGUGAAGAUGUUCGAAAGAACUGCUAAUCUGGCAAAUAAUCAGAUAAUAAACUAUCGUUGUGACCCUACUGAAAAGUGGUUGGUUUUGAUUGGAAUUGCCCCUGGUGCCCCUGAGAGGCAAAAUUUGGUCAAGGGGAAUAUGCAACUCUUUUCUGUGGAGCAACAGAGAAGUCAAGCUCUGGAAGCUCAUGCUGCUGCUUUUGCACAAUUUAAAGUUCCAGGGAAUGAGAAUCCUUCUACUCUCAUUUCCUUUGCGACAAAGACUUUUAAUGCUGGGCAAAUUACAUCAAAGUUGCAUGUUAUAGAGCUUGGUGCCCAACCAGGGAAACCUUCUUUUACAAAGAAACAAGCAGAUCUUUUCUUUCCUCCAGAUUUUGCAGAUGAUUUCCCUGUUGCAAUGCAGAUAUCACACAAGUAUAGUUUGAUCUACGUCAUCACCAAGCUUGGGCUUCUAUUCGUUUAUGAUUUGGAGACGGCUACUGCAGUUUACAGAAAUAGAAUCAGUCCAGAUCCAAUCUUCUUAACAUCAGAGGCUUCGGCACUAGGUGGAUUUUACGCAAUUAACAGGCGGGGUCAGGUGUUAUUGGCCACUGUUAAUGAACAAACAAUUGUGCCUUUUGUUAGUGGGCAGUUGAACAAUUUGGAGCUUGCUGUCAAUCUGGCAAAAAGAGGAAAUCUUCCCGGUGCUGAGAAUCUGGUUGUCCAGCGAUUCCAAGAACUGUUUGCACAAACGAAGUAUAAAGAAGCUGCUGAACUUGCUGCUGAAUCUCCUCAGGGAAUCCUUCGUACUCCUGAUACAGUUGCCAAAUUUCAGAGUGUUCCUGUACAAAGUGGGCAAACACCACCCCUUUUGCAGUAUUUUGGUACUCUAUUGACCAGGGGAAAGCUUAAUGCUUUUGAGUCAUUGGAGCUAUCACGUCUUGUUGUGAACCAAAACAAGAAGAAUUUGUUGGAAAAUUGGUUAGCAGAAGACAAGUUAGAAUGCAGUGAGGAGCUAGGAGAUCUUGUGAAGACUGUGGACAAUGACCUUGCACUGAAAAUUUAUAUCAAAGCCAGAGCAACUCCAAAAGUUGUUGCAGCCUUUGCUGAGCGAAGAGAGUUUGAUAAGAUUCUAAUUUAUUCAAAGCAGGUUGGGUACACGCCAGACUAUCUGUUUCUUUUGCAAACCAUUCUUCGGACAGAUCCUCAGGGUGCUGUUAAUUUUGCAUUAAUGAUGUCUCAAAUGGAAGGAGGUUGCCCUGUUGAUUACAACACCAUAACAGAUUUAUUUCUUCAGAGGAAUUUAAUUCGUGAGGCUACAGCUUUUCUAUUGGAUGUUUUGAAGACAAAUUUACCAGAACAUGGUUUCCUGCAAACUAAGGUUCUUGAAAUCAAUUUGGUUACUUUCCCAAAUGUAGCUGAUGCAAUUUUGGCCAAUGGAAUGUUUAGCCACUACGAUCGUCCUCGAAUUGCUCAACUUUGUGAAAAGGGUGGUCUUUAUGUUCGAGCUCUACAACAUUACACAGAGUUGCCAGAUAUUAAAAGAGUCAUUGUGAAUACACAUGCUAUUGAGCCACAGUCUCUCGUAGAAUUUUUUGGUACUCUUUCACGAGAAUGGGCAUUGGAGUGUAUGAAGGACCUUUUAUUGGUUAAUUUAAGAGGAAAUCUUCAGAUAAUUGUUCAGGUUGCUAAGGAAUAUUGUGAGCAGUUGGGUGUUGAUGCUUGUAUUAAGCUUUUUGAGCAGUUCAAAUCUUAUGAAGGGCUGUACUUUUUCUUAGGGUCAUAUUUGAGCUCUAGUGAGGAUCCUGAUAUCCACUUCAAGUACAUAGAAGCAGCUGCUAGAACUGGACAAAUCAAAGAAGUAGAACGCGUUACAAGAGAGUCGAAUUUCUAUGACCCUGAAAAAACAAAGAAUUUCUUAAUGGAAGCCAAGCUCCCAGAUGCACGCCCACUGAUUAAUGUUUGUGAUCGUUUUGGAUUUGUCCCUGAUCUCACCCACUAUUUGUACACAAGUAACAUGCUACGGUACAUUGAAGGAUAUGUUCAAAAGGUGAACCCUGGGAAUGCACCAUUGGUUGUGGGUCAAUUGCUAGAUGAUGAAUGUCCAGAAGAUUUUAUCAAAGGUUUGAUUCUUUCUGUACGGUCAUUGCUUCCAGUAGAGCCCCUUGUGGAGGAAUGCGAGAAAAGGAAUCGACUUCGUUUGCUUACUCAAUUCUUGGAGCAUCUUGUGAGUGAGGGAAGCCAAGAUGUGCAUGUCCACAAUGCUCUUGGUAAAAUCAUUAUUGAAAGCAACAACAACCCAGAGCACUUCCUUACCACCAACCCAUACUAUGAUUCUCGUGUUGUGGGUAAAUAUUGUGAGAAACGUGAUCCUACCUUAGCUGUUGUUGCUUAUCGGCGAGGACAGUGUGAUGACGAGCUCAUUAAUGUCACAAAUAAAAAUUCUUUGUUUAAAUUGCAAGCAAGAUAUGUGGUUGAAAGGAUGGAUGGUGAUCUUUGGGAGAAAGUUCUUAACCCUGAAAAUGGCUUCAGAAGACAACUUAUUGAUCAAGUUGUCUCUACAGCUUUGCCUGAAAGCAAGAGCCCAGAGCAGGUUUCUGCAGCUGUUAAGGCUUUCAUGACUGCUGAUCUACCCCAUGAGUUGAUUGAACUUCUCGAGAAGAUUGUGCUUCAAAACUCUGCUUUCAGUGGGAACUUUAAUCUUCAAAACUUACUUAUUUUGACAGCCAUUAAGGCAGAUCCAUCUAGAGUUAUGGAUUACAUCAAUAGGCUGGAUAAUUUCGAUGGACCUGCUGUGGGAGAAGUGGCUGUGGAAGCACAACUCUUUGAAGAAGCAUUUGCAAUUUUCAAGAAGUUUAACUUGAAUGUUCAAGCUGUCAAUGUCUUACUGGAUAACAUUCGAAGCAUUGAACGAGCUGUUGAGUUUGCAUUCCGAGUUGAAGAAGAUGCUGUUUGGAGUCAGGUUGCAAAGGCUCAACUCAGGGAAGGACUAGUGAGUGAUGCAAUUGAGUCAUUUAUUCGUGCUGAUGAUGCGACUCAAUUCCUGGAUGUUAUUCGUGCUGCUGAGGAUGUAAAUGUCUAUGAUGACAUGGUGAGGUACCUUCUGAUGGUGAGGCAAAAGGUGAAAGAGCCAAAGGUGGACGGUGAACUUAUAUAUGCAUACGCAAAGAUUGACAGGCUGGCUGAUAUUGAAGAAUUUAUUCUCAUGCCAAAUGUAGCUAAUCUCCAGAGUGUUGGUGACCGCUUGUAUGAUGAAGCUCUAUACGAGGCAGCAAAAAUAAUAUAUGCUUUUAUAUCUAACUGGGCUAAGUUAGCUGUCACACUUGUUAAGUUAAAACAGUUCCAAGGUGCUGUUGAUGCUGCAAGGAAAGCCAAUAGUGCAAAAACAUGGAAGGAGGUCUGCUUUGCCUGUGUGGAUGCAGAGGAGUUCCGAUUGGCUCAAAUUUGUGGGCUUAACAUUAUUAUUCAGGUUGAUGACUUGGAGGAGGUGAGUGAAUUUUACCAGAACAGAGGAUGCUUCAAUGAACUGAUAUCUCUCAUGGAGAGUGGCUUAGGAUUAGAACGUGCACAUAUGGGCAUCUUUACAGAGUUGGGGGUUCUGUAUGCCAGAUAUCGUCCAGAGAAGCUCAUGGAGCAUAUCAAAUUGUUCUCAACUCGGCUCAAUAUUCCCAAACUUAUCCGAGCUUGUGAUGAACAACAACAUUGGAAAGAACUUACUUAUUUGUAUAUCCAAUAUGAUGAAUUUGAUAAUGCUGCAACAACUAUCAUGAACCAUUCUCCCGAAGCGUGGGACCACAUGCAGUUUAAAGAUGUGGCAGUCAAGGUUGCAAAUGUUGAGCUAUAUUACAAGGCUGUGCACUUCUACUUGCAAGAACACCCAGAUCUUAUUAAUGAUCUUCUCAAUGUGCUUGCACUUCGAGUGGACCAUACACGUGUUGUUGACAUUAUGCGAAAGGCUGGUCAUUUGCGCCUGGUGAAGCCUUACAUGAUUGCAGUCCAGAGCAACAAUGUGUCAGCUGUAAAUGAGGCUUUGAACGAGAUUUAUGUCGAGGAGGAAGACUAUGAUAGAUUGCGUGAAUCCAUUGAUUUGCAUGAUAGCUUUGACCAAAUAGGCCUGGCCCAAAAGAUUGAGAAACACGAGCUUCUUGAAAUGAGACGAGUUGCUGCCUAUAUAUACAAAAAGGCUGGUCGAUGGAAGCAGUCUAUUGCAUUGUCAAAGAAGGACAAUCUUUACAAAGAUGCCAUGGAGACAGCCUCUCAAUCUGGUGACCGUGAACUUGCUGAGGAAUUGCUUGUUUAUUUCAUUGAGCAGGGCAAGAAGGAAUGCUUUGCAUCAUGUCUCUUUGUUUGUUACGAUUUGAUUCGGGCAGAUGUCAUCCUUGAGCUUGCAUGGAUGAACAAUAUGCUUGACUUUGCUUUCCCUUACCUGUUGCAGUUUAUCCGUGAAUACACUGGCAAGGUUGAUGAACUCGUGAAGGACAAAAUUGAAGCUCUUAACGAAAACAAGGCUAAAGAAAAGGAAGAGAAGGACGUUAUUGCACAGCAGAACAUGUAUGCUCAGUUGCUGCCUCUUGCUUUGCCUGCCCCACCUAUGCCGGGAAUGGGAGGACCAGGAAUGGGAGGCUAUGCACCACCUCCUAUGGGGGGAAUGGGAAUGCCUCCAAUGCCACCCUAUGGCAUGCCACCCAUGGGGAGCAGCUAUUGAGAUGUAUCAGGACUACGAGUUGUGAACUCCACUUCAAAAUUGCAUGUUCUAGUUGGUAGGGGCAACAACCUAGGGAGAUACUUUUGAAUUAAAUGUAAUUUGAGGGGGCCUUAUUUGCCCCUUUUUUCUUGGUAUUUCUUUGAUUUCAUGGGUUGAAAAUUGUAGUUUAUAAUAAUUCUUUUUUGUUCGCCAUAGGGGUGUGGAUAUGUUAUUUGCUAUUGUAAUAUUCUUUUGGUAGGAGAGGCAUUUUUUGGCUGUGCUGCUGAUGAGGGCUAGCUUUGAAUUUUCUCCACUCUACUUUUUUUCCGGACCUUUCCUGAUUAUAAUUUGAAACACAACAUAUGCUGAUAUCACGUUGUUGUGCUUUUGUUUCAUCAUUUCGUAUAAUAUAUACGCUGCUUGGUUGCUCUUU